GGGAAGGCGCGCAGUUGACAAAUCAAGCACGUGCCUCGGAUCUUGGCGGCAGCGAUUCCCCUGUAUGCUUCAGCCUUCGCACUUCAAACACGACCGACUCGACACUGAUGCAUGAGCGAGGUCGUCUCCAGCUAUAUGUUGCGCGCCCGAGACGUUAUAUCCGCGCCGUGCCAGGAACGCCCAAGUCAGAGCAGAGAUAAAGCCCUCAAACUUCCGACAUGAACUCGAAGCUGUGGGUUUGCGUCGUAGUGCUCGUGCUGAGUUGCCUCGUCGCCGAGAAUGAGGCCGUCACAAGCCACGCGGAGUUCAAGAAGAGACUGCUCAGCGUCAAUCCCGCAGUGAUGACCCCCCAGUGCAGGAAAGUCUUUAGAAGUUGCAGCGUGAAAAUGUUCGGACUGGUGGGUCUGCUAGACGUUAUGAAGGAUCGAUGGGACGAGUACACCGCUAUCCCCUGCGUGAAGACCAUGUUGGAGAGGAACUACCCGGACUACACUCUGGAAUGCUCGCGAAGCGGCCGCCAUGGAGAGUUCAUUAGGUGUCUCGCGAGCCCUGAAGCAACUGCAUCUCUCAACGAGAAACAAAAAGACUCCUUGGACAGUGGAAUCAAAUGUCUCUUGGACAACUCAUUGCCCUGAGGUCGCCCUUGCAAAUAGCAUCUGGGAUGGUGCUUUGGUGUCCGCAAGCCAAUAAAAGUGGCACGCUCGAUUGCUUUAAA